AUGGACAACCCAUCCACUACCGCGGGUGACUCGCCCCCUUCCUCUUCUCCACCGCAACCACAAGAAAGCAUCCUUAACCGCAAGAUUCUCCCCCGCGGCCUCCCUCACAGCUUCUCAUCCAACCUAAACCGCGACGUCACCACCCCUAAGAAAUCAAAAGCGAACAACCGCUCCGUCCGAUCCAUCAUCGCGUCAUUCGAGAGCGCGGCGAGCAAACACCAGCCACCCCACUCGCCACUAUUCGAGCCGAUUACGCCGCGAUGCAGCACCAUCAGAAGCAGCGCAUCGACGGGCGCGAGUCUGACAAGUUUUCGAAGAGUGAAGGGAAGUAGAGGGGUCAGUGAGUGUCAUGACGCGAGGAACAGUCGCAAUGGUGAGGGUGACGAGUGGGGAGAGGGGCGUAGUGACGCAGGAACUGCGGUGGAGGGCAUCAGGAGCGUUUCGACGCCUGUCAUCCCGAGGAUAAGCUCGAUCAUGCCUUUUGCGGUGGAGGAGGAGGAUUCAUUGACGCUGUUGAAUUACAAAUCGUAUUUCAACCAGCCUUUGGCGAGAUGUCUUGAUGGGUUUGUCGAUCUUGAGGAAGGCAAAAACUCCUCCGAAGAGGAGAAAAGCAAGAAGGAAAACGACGAGAAGAAGUUGAGCACCAAGGCCGGCAUCGACAAGGAAAAUAUACCCCUCCGUAUCACGAAGCGAAAGGACAGAGUCAAGACGGCGGCCCAGACCGAGACCCAGCCUACCACAAGUGCCCCGCGACCCGUACGACGACAAUCGAGGAGACCGAGUCUCACGCACAGAAAGUCCUCGGCUUCAGUCAUUGCUUUGGAGAAGCUCAUGCACGAGCUCGAGAACUUUUCGGUCAACCCACCGUUCGAGGAGGAAGAGAGCGAAAUCAUCGCCAUGGCGGAAGACAAGCCAAUCAUUCGCCGCGACCCAAAAGAAGUCCAGGACUACUGGUGGACGGUCCGUCGCAACCUAUGGGUUGAUGAACACGAGGUGUACAACCCGGAGGCCUACCACGAAUCCAAUAUCGCAGCGUCAAGCGAUAUCCCGAAGAUCCAACUACCUCUGCCGGGAACAACCGAUGUCUCGGCAAGAGCGUCAUGCGCCUUCGACAAGCAGAUUCCGCUACCUGCGCCUCCUAUCCCUUUUCGCUCUCCGAACAGAUUGUCCAGUGCCGGUCGGAGCAGUCCGUCGUCAAUGGGCACACCGACUCGUUUGCCUAACCGGUCGAUCUCAAGCAACUCCUCAUCCCCCUUGAAGUAUUCGGUGCUGACGGCAGGCCAUCCUCCGCCCUCGCCAUCCGCUUCUGUCAGACCGGAACCUCCAACACCCCUAUCUCCCCCGGCUCUCUUUCGACAAAGUCCGAGUCCACCUCCUAGAAGCUCCAACCGGCCAGUUUCUCCCCCCUUGUCGACAGCGGGCAAGGACGACUACUCGAAUGGUGAUACUUCGAAGGCCACUCAAGCAAUUGUAUCCGACUUGAGAGACAGCCUUCACGACCACAUACAGUCUCGUGGCCCAAGCUCGUCAUCACUCGAUGUGAAUGCGAGCACAUCGCAGGCGGACCGGGACUCGGCCUCGGAGUACGGAGACGAAGAAGUGCGUGAACAGAAAGCCGAGGAUAAUAAUCGUCGUCGGACUCAGCCAGAAGGUCCAUCGCUGGAUGAGAUUGACGGGUUGUUCAGCAGAAUCCCAACAGAUUCUGCGGUUUCUUCUCCAGCUACAGCUGUUGACGUUGGAGGCAGCCAGGAGAAUACCCCCAAGGCCGAGUCCGCCUUUGACCAAAUCAAGAAGCGAAUAGAGAGCAGAGAAGAGAAGAAACGGUCUACUCAUAGUCGUCACUCUUCCCUGGUGCGGUUGAGCGCCAGGUCGCCAGGCGACAGUUCCGAACACCAGCAACCCCAUCAAUCACCAAAGGAGCAGCAACAAGUUCCGCAGCAAAGUCAACCCCAGGAAGAGCAAGAAUCCCCAAACCGUCACUCCGACUCUCACAGCCAAAACCGCCGUCACAGCCGCCGCCGCCUCCACCUCUCAGCCAUGAACCUCCCCGGCCUCCGCCACCUCCGCAGCCGCCACAGCAAAUCCUCCCUCUCCAGUCCCGAUUCCGUGGACAGCCUCAAAACGCCCACCACCGCAAACAGCGUCACCAGCAUCAGCAGCACCCGCGCAACCAUCAGCAGUCCCGUUCCCAUUCUCAGCGCCGGUAUCAGCAACCCCGGUAGCAGCAUCCCCAGCAGCAUCCCUUACUCAGCUACCCGUUCGGCUCGCUCUUCUUUGGCUUCCAUCAUUGAGUCUGGGACAGGACGUUCUUCUCAGGAUCAGGGUCACAAGACGCUAACGGACAAGGGAGGAGAAGAUAUAGGAAUGGAAACUGCAGUGGGAAAGACGGAAGCCAGUGGGACCGUGGUGUUUUACCCGAUGCAGUUCGUGACGAAGGUGCCGAAAUUGGAGGAGGCGCCGAAGGGUGGUGGAGGGUUUAGGGGGCAUUUUAGAAGGAGGAAUAAGAGCCGAGAUGAGACUAACGAAAACAAGGGGGCGAAGACUUCGAUAUUGAAAGACAGGAAUGUGGAAGAGUUUUUGAACUUGCACAAAAAGAACAGUCCGGGGAAGGAAGGGAAUGGCGCACAGCAGGAGGCUACAGCGGUGGAGGAUGGCAGUAAGAGGCAGAACGAGGGAAGGAACGACCUUCGCCAGCCCUGCAAAGAGAAAACUCAGCACCGCGUUGGAUCCAAGGAAGGAACAACCGGAAUCACCUCAAGCACCAGCGCUUCCAGCAUCCCACUCCCCACCCACCGCUUCGGCCGCUCCCAGGGGCAGUUUCAAGGUACUACUCACCACCUUCCCUCUUUUGAUGACAACCACAACCUUUGCGAGAGCCCUUCGCGCGGCAGCACCGAUCACCACGACCACACCACUCCCACCCAGAUCCCCGACCCCAAAUACGCCAACACCAUCUCCUCUUUUAUCUACUACACCCCGAUAGUCAACACCACCAAUAAUACCAAAAACUCCCACGACAACAACUCCCACACCUCCUCCACCCCUGACACGCUCCCUUCAACAAGAAGACCAAUAACAACCGGGGGGCGCUCUCGCGAAGACCACCUCUCCGAAAUCGAAUCCUUCCUCAACAAAGACAGCUUCCACAGCCUCCAGUCCAUGCGCUCGCUUCAUUCCCAGUCGCGGUCUUUGCAUUCCAUGCAUUCCAUCCCGGAGUCCAACUCGACUGGAAGUAUGUACAGUCAAGAUGAAGAGGAAAAGAGGGAGGAUGCGUCGGUGUUGAUUGGGGAGGUGUUGGAGACUGUUAGGAGCUUGGGGGAGGAAGUGGUGGCGAACCAGGCGAAGAGGAGAGGGUAAAGGAAG